AUGGGGGAACAUUCGGGAAAACACAUACAUUUCCAGGACGGCGAUUGCGCCUCAGAUGGAAGCUCGGACGAUGGAGGCAAGGCAGUAGAGCUAGAGAAUCGCGCGACUGAUAAUGUCGCCCUCUUGCAGGUCGUCUUCGAUCCAGGAAACCCCUAUCGUCGCAAGAGCUCAAUGGUCGCUUCAGAGAUCAAAGCGCCUGUUAUGCGACACCCUGAACGUCGCGGCGAGUGUCUUGUCCACCAAUUCCUCGACAGUCAGCGACGUGCGAAAGAUGCUGCCAGUUCAGCCAGCGAGGCCGACUCGGAGCACUCCCUGGGACGGAACUCCAACUCGUAUAUCAGCAACAACCCGGAUACUAGUCAUGCUACCUUCCACAAGGCCUUGAACGGCAGCCAUAGCCAGGUCGAAACCGUUCGCGACGAGAGCCUUGACACGAUCGUCGACCCAAAACACCAGAAGAAGUGCCGCGCUGUCGUGGAGCCUGGUAGUAUGGAUCACUCUGGCCAGAGCGACCAGCAAGCUUGGACACAGCAGAUGACAAACAGCAUGUCUGAUAUUGAUCUUACGCGAUACCAGGACGAUGUGCGAAGUCGUCUACUGACCAAGCAGCAGCUCAGUGAUAUGGCAUGGGGUGUACGAGAAUUGAGUCGCCGGCUGAGCAGCAUGCGCCUUCGGUUCAAGGUCAAGAGUAUAUUCAUCCUGACAAAGAUCUACGACCAAGACUUGAUCCCCAAAACGCGGGAACUUGUCAAAUGGUUACUGCAGCAUAGCCACGAGGUUGCUUAUACCGUCUAUGUUCAGGAUAAACUGAGGAGUAACAAGAAGUUCGACGUCAAUGGAAUCAUUGAUGAGGUGAGCAAAGGAUACGCCGAGGCGGGCAAGGUGGACGAACAGGCGGUCAGAGAAACACUCACCAAACGAUUACGGUACUGGGAUGAGAAUAUGUGCCGAACAAGACCUCAUACCUUUGACUUUGUCAUCUCGCUCGGCGGUGAUGGCACAGUACUGUACGCCAGCUGGCUAUUCCAGCGCAUCGUACCACCUGUGUUGAGUUUCGCACUAGGAAGUUUGGGCUUUCUUACCAAGUUCGACUUUGAGGACUAUCAGCAGACUCUCACAACUGCCUUCACAAAGGGCGUCACAGUCAGUCUAAGACUACGGUUCGAGGGCACCGUGAUGAGGAGUCAGCCGCGCAAGAAAUCUCAGCUCGACAAGAGCUCCGAGGAUGACGACGAGAUGUCGCGAGACCUGGUGGAGGAGCUUAUUGGCGAGGAGAGGGAGGACGAGCACACGCAUCGACCGGAUGGGACGUUUGAGAUUCUGAACGAGGUCGUUGUGGACAGAGGACCAAACCCAAGUAAGAACUCCAGAGCGCAUGUUACCCUUGCAGGAGAUGUCCUAACAUGUAUUCUAGCCAUGUCAACUACCGAGAUCUUUGGAGACGACGAGCACUUCACCUCAGUGCUGGCUGAUGGUAUCUGCGUGUCGACGCCCACCGGCUCAACAGCGUACAACCUCGCCGCCGGAGGUUCCCUGUGUCACCCUGAGAACCCCGUGAUGCUGGUCACGUCCAUAUGCGCGCACACGCUAUCCUUCCGACCGAUCAUCCUGCCCGACACCAUCGUGCUCCGAGUCGGGGUGCCGUACAGCGCACGAACGGCGUCAUGGGCGAGCUUCGAUGGCAGAGAGCGCGUCGAGCUGAAGCCAGGAGACUACGUAACCAUCAGUGCGAGCAGGUUCCCGUUCGCUUCGGUACAAGCCGAAGGGCGCAGAAGCGAAGAUUGGGUGAACAGCAUCAGCGGGAAGCUGGGAUGGAAUACAAGACAGAAGCAGAAGAGCUAUAAAGAGUGGGAGAAAUGA